AUGUCGCGUGUUUACGGUGACCAUACGCUCCUGUUGUUCGAGUCAAAUAUCUUCUACCGUACCAUGAAACAUUUCACUGGAUUGAUCUUAUUGGCCAUUGCGCUCUGCCCUGGAGUGUUUUGUAAUGAUUCUGGUGUCGGCUACUACUCCUACAAGAGCUUCGUUGAUGCCGAAGCAGAGUGCGCUCUGUACCUACAGGUACCGGAAGAUCGGCUCCAGCGCUACCAACGCGAGGGCUACCCUGAUGAGCCAGAGGUGCACUGCUUGGUGCUCUGUGUUUUGGAGAACCUACGCGCUUGGACCAACUCCAGCGGUCUGAACGAACAGGUUCUCGCCACCUACUUCGUUCCAGCGGCCGAGGACUGCGACAACGGCAAGCGGACCGAAAAGUGUCUCUUCUACCUACCCAAAGAGUGCGACGGUAACCGGUGUCUCCAGGCGUACCGUGCUUUCCAGUGCUACUAUCAAAACUACGGCACGCUAACCCACUGCCCGCAACAUUUCGUUAUUUAA